UACUACUACUACUACUAUUUUGAGUGAGCGUAGAUAGACAUACGAGGAUAGACAGAUAUAUGGGUAGUUAGAUAUUUACUUACCAAUAGCUAUGCUAAUUUCCCUACCUAGCUUGAAAAUCUGCCUAGUAUGCUAUAUAUGGCCCCCAGUUCAAUCUAUAUAUCUAUUGAAUAACGUUCAUAUUAGAUUCCUUUCUUUUCCCAUACAGUAAAACCAAUAGUUUGGCUUGUGCAUGUAUAUGUGUUUAUUAGUCCGUGUCUGAUACACAUGCAUGUUGUUAUAGCUAGAGAGAGCUAGUUGAAUAGACCAGUUGUAUUUUAGACUGAAGCACGUCAUUCUGUUUUUCCUACCUGAGUGAGUGAGUGAUUGUGAGUAAGCCUAGAUUCUUAGGCUAAUAGCAGCAACGACAGCAUACACUACCACACUCUAACACAACAAAGAGAUAGCGAGAGAGAGAGAGAGGGAGAGAGGAACAGGAAGAAUAAUUUUGGCUUCAUACUGAAAUCAAUAAAUAAUAUUCCUCUAAAUUAUAUUCUAUAUCCUUCAUUUAUUUUACUAAUAAACCACAUUUACUGAACAACAGACCGUUUGACACCAACUUGGGGGAUUCUGUUUCGUCAUAUAAAGGAAAUAUUUAUAUUAUUCACAUAUAUAUUUCACAUACUUUACUUUUGUCUUAAACCUGCUUAUUGGAAUAUAAAAUUAUAUCAUACAAUACAAUAAUAUUUAACUAAUAAUAAUAAUAGCAGCAGCAAGAACAACAACAUAAAAUGGGUUGUACAUUGUCGAAAGAAGAGCGUGAUGCUCUUGAACAAAGUCGUAAUAUAGACAAGAAACUGAAAGAAGAUGGAAUGCAAGCUGCCAAAGAUGUGAAACUGCUUCUUUUGGGUGCCGGUGAAUCAGGGAAGAGUACAAUUGUUAAACAAAUGAAAAUUAUACACGAAGGAGGAUUUACACAAGAGGAUAAUAAACAAUAUAAACCGGUUGUCUAUAGCAAUACAAUUCAAUCGAUGGUUGCUAUACUCAGAGCAAUGAAUACUCUUGGUAUUCAAUUCGGUGACAGUGAACAAGGUGCAGAGGAUGCGCGUAUUGUCUGCGAUGUAAUCCAAGCCAUGGAGGAUACGAAACCAUUUUCAGAGGAAUUGCUGGAUGCAAUGAAACGAUUAUGGGCUGAUUCUGGUGUACAAGAAUGCUUUGCACGUUCAAAUGAAUACCAGUUGAAUGAUUCAGCUAAAUAUUUCCUUGACGAUUUGGAUCGUUUAGGCGCUAAAGACUACAUGCCAACAGAACAAGAUAUCCUUAGAACUCGAGUGAAGACAACUGGUAUUGUUGAAGUUCAUUUCCAGUUUAAAAAUAUGAAUUUCAAACUCUUCGAUGUCGGUGGACAACGAUCAGAGCGUAAAAAGUGGAUUCAUUGUUUCGAAGAUGUCACAGCGAUUAUCUUCUGUGUUGCUAUGAGUGAAUAUGAUCAAGUACUACAUGAAGAUGAGACAACGAAUCGUAUGCAAGAAUCUCUAAAAUUGUUCGAUUCAAUUUGUAACAAUAAAUGGUUCACUGAUACAAGUAUCAUUCUGUUUUUGAACAAGAAGGAUUUAUUUGAAGAGAAAAUUAAACGUUCCCCAUUGACUAUCUGUUUCCCAGAAUAUCCAGGUAAACAGACAUAUGAAGAGGCAGCCAUUUAUAUCCAGGCAUCAUUUGAGGCUAAGAAUCGAUCACCGAAUAAAGAGAUCUACUGUCAUCAAACCUGUGCCACUGAUACAAAUAAUAUUCAAUUCGUCUUCGAUGCUGUAACAGAUGUGAUUAUAGCGAAUAAUUUGAAGGGAUGUGGUUUAUAUUGAUUUAAUAUUUUCUCUCUUUGUUUCUCUUUCCGUGUUUUACAUCACUUUGUUAGUUACUAUUAUGAUUAUGAUUAUUAUUAAUACUGCUAGUUUUAUGCUUUCUCUCCAUGUAUGCGUUUGUCCUAUGUCUUGUCGAAAAUGAUGUUGCAUUAUCCAUCAAUAAUUUGAUUGAUUGUAUGAUUGUGUGAACACAUCAUCGUCAUAUUUGAGAUCUCUCAACAAAUAAACUUACAAUGACAUGCAUACAUAUGUCUUUAUACUUUCAUUUCUGCUUUAUCAAACAUGCCUAUGUGCUCUCACAUGUAUGUUCACUUACACACGCGCAUGGACGCACUUGUUUCUUCGAGAAAUUAUCAUCCAUCUCUUGUUAAUUGCCUUUCUCAUUCUUCUGAGUGUGUGUGUGUGCGUGUGUGAAUGUGUGCGUGGGCGUGGGCGUGGACGCGCACGUUCGUUCUUUUUUUUUCUUCUCUGGCGUUUCUCCAUUUCUUAUACGUAUUGAUAUAUAUGAUAAUCAAAAGGUCGAUAUGGCUGAUGGAUAAUUCGGUGUUUCUUGUGCUAGUAAUUAUAUAUAUAUAUAUAUAUAUAUAUAUAUAUAUAUAUAUAUAUAUGAUAGUAACAAUCGCAAUACAACAA